AUGCGCGGAUACGACGUCAAGCCUGUUCAAAACCCCGGGCACUUGCUGUACCCGUUUUUCAAGGACCUGCCGCCCAAAUACGUGGACUACGUGGACGCCAAGGACCUGGGCAACUACAGCUACACGUACGCGAUCAGUGGGGGACUGGCCACCAUCUACCAGUACUGCGGCUCGUCGACGACUCUGGAGGCUACGAAGACACCUACAAGCUUACUGGCCGGUGAGCGUGAGAGUCAAGCGCGUGGUGAACGUCUGUGCCCCAUCACGAAGCCAGGGACCGCUUAUGAUGACGCCGUCAAGCGCUGGUCCAUUGCCCUCUUCGAAUCCGCUCGAAUCGUGGGCUACAGCGAGUCCGCAGCCAGGGAGCAGAUGGAGAUGGCGCUGUGUCAGUACCAUGCCGACUGUCUCGGAGGUGUCCCGGACUACACGGACCUCUUCCGAGCCAACUUCGGCGUCGAGGGCCACCCGCGCUGCUACACUUUGCUGCAGUACUUGAAGUCCGGCGAUCGAGUCAUCGGCAUCCCCAAGUGGAAGGACAUCACGACCCGAUUCUUCCCCUGUGCUGCGUACAAGAAGAGAACCCAGACGGCGUUCGAGAAGGCGGUGGACAAGUACGCGAGCACGAAAUCCUAA